AAAAACAGCGAAAACAAAGAAGUGAAAGUUGAGGAAUUUUUUCAGGUCACUUUCAUCUUCAAUCAAGGAGGGCUUCCUUUUUCAUCCAUCAAUGGAUCCCACGGACUCCAAGCAGCAGCCUUCACAUGAAUUGCCCAACUUCUUAACCCUACCAUCACAACCCCAACAACAACAACAGCUUCAAACAGAUGAGAACAAAGCAGCUAAAACAAAGGAUGUUCUUGCUGUUGUUGCAGAUAAAGAAGGAAAGAAGCAACUUUUGGUCCCAAAGAGAAGUUCCAAAAAAGACAGGCAUAAAAAAGUUGAUGGAAGAGGAAGAAGGACAAGGAUGCCUGCUUUAUGUGCAGCUAGGAUCUUUCAGUUGACUCGGGAAUUGGGUCACAAAUCCGAUGGGGAAACGAUACGGUGGUUGUUACAACAAGCUGAACCAUCGAUAAUAGCCGCCACGGGGACCGGAACGAUACCGGCAUCGGCUUUGGAUGCAGCUGGAGCUGGUGUCUCGGUUUCGCAUCAAGGGGCUUCUUUAUCUGUAGGGUUGUACCAAAAGAUUGAAUAUUUAGGAGGGUCCAGUGUAGGUUCAGGGACCAGUAAGACCAAUUGGGGGAUUGUUGGAGGUAAUUUGGGGAGACCCCAUCACAUGGCAGCAGCCGGGUUAUGGCCCCCGGUCAGUGAUUAUGGGUUGCAGUCAUCAUCUGGUCCAUCUACAACAAAUAUAGGCAGUGAAAGUUCUAAUUAUAUGCAGAAAAUUGGGUUUCCUGGAUCUGACUUGAGUACUACUAAUAUGGGUCAGAUGAGUUUCACUUCAAUGCUGGGUGAGCCUAACCAGCAGCUCCCUGGUUUGGAACUUGGGUUGUCGCAACAUGGUCAUUUUGGGGUUUUAAAUCCUCAAGCCUUGAACCAGAUGUAUCAGCAGAUGGGGCAAGCUAGGGUGCAGCAUCAGAACCAGCAGCAACCACCUGCUAAAGAUGAUUGCCAAGGAUCAGGCGAGUAAAGUUAUCAACUUUGGGAGCAAGUAAUGAUUUUCAUUACUGUAUAAUUGUAGAAAAAAUGGAUAUUUUGAUUCCCAGAAAUCUAUGGAUAUUUUGGUCCCCCCUCCUUUUUGCACUGCAUCACCCAAAUUUCCAUUACACAGGUGGAGCUUUGCACAGCCUAUUAGCUUGGUUUUGGCCGGGUUAUCUUCUGGUUGGAUUCAGAGGUUGACUAUAAUACCAGGGAAAUUUAAUUGUUUUCUUCUUCUCUAGGUCUGGAUGGAGUUUGAAUCAGUUUGCUUGUGAAGUUAAAAAUAGAAAUUUGCAGU